AUGGCUGAUCUUGAACAGAUGAAGGAAAAUGCAGAUAAGUUGUUGUUUUGCUUGGAGAAGUUGGCCUCCUUUGCCUCCUCCAUUCACCCCACCUUUGGCUUCGUCUCCCCCCUGAUCAGGGUGGCUCGAACGGGCCUGACAGAUGAGAAAGUCUACGCUCUAGACAAGAACUUCCAGAAAAUCCACACCAAGCUAAAGAGCAUCUCCCAAAAGAAUCAACAAUGUCUGAGGCAGAUCCACAUCAGUGAGGUGAAUGAAAUCUUUGGUAUGUAUGAGGAGUAUGAGGAGCACAUCAAGCACCAGUACGAUGCUUUCAAUGAAAUGGUGAGGAAGAUGAAAAAGGAUCCAGACCAAACCGAGCACUACAUGAAGACCUUUCAGACCGUAUACGAGACAAACAAGAGUGACAUAAGCCUGGAUGUGUACUAUCGCGGUGUGCUUGGUACGGGCUCGUUGUUUGGAAAACCCCUGCUGAAGGUCUACCUGGAAAACUGCGAUGGAGACCGUGAAAUCAUGGAGCACCGCUGUUCUUACAUCGCCCACCUGUUCUACAUGGGCUUCAUCGCACUCGGGGGCUACACAACUGUUACAAAGGACGAUGAAGAUGCAGUCCGAGAGAAGUGGGAUAAGAGGGUGAAGGAGAUCCAGGAAAAGAUGCAGGAAGUGCUCAGUCAGUGCAGAGACAGAACAGCCUGA